AUGAACGGCGGUGCAGAUCCCAACAUAUCUAAUGGAACAUGCUACUCCACGGAGAACACAGAAACGAAGGGCGACUUCAUUGCAUGUGGCAAUGCAGCCCUUGGGCACUGGCCUUGUUGUCACAUGGGCGAUUACUGCCUAAGUUUUGAUAAUGCGAAUGCGUGCUGGGACCCAGACAGUGGGAACACGUAUAUAGCGGGAUGUACCGAUAGCGGUUUCAAUUCUCGAGCCUGCCCUUGGAAGUCAACGCUGUUCAACACGCAGGAGUGGGUAGCAAUCCAGCAAUGCGACAAAGAUAGGGAUGAUGAUAUCACCGAAUGGGGAGGAUGUAAAGCACCAGCGAACUCUACAGAGCUAGAGAAGCUCCCGCACCAGAGCUGCGAUCCGUACUGUAGCUCACCCGUCUUCAAAGGGGAGUCCGCACUGCCAGCAUUCGCUUUACUGCCGAAUAGGACUGGUGCAAGUAUUUCUUGGACGAGCGGAUUCAAUCCCAUGUCUGUCUACGCUCCCAUCACCACGACUGCCGAUAUAUCAGGGACCAAAACCACCAUCACAUCAAUCAAGACACACACACCCACCCCAACGUCCUCAUCUUCACAGCCAACGCCAACUAGUGCGAUGCCCACAACUGGGGACACGACGAGCAAUACUUUGUCAACCGGAGCCAAAGCUGGCAUUGGCGUUGGGGCUGCAGGAGCGGUAUUGAUGAUUAUCGCUGUAAUUUUGCUUGGUCUCCUUGUCCGACGACGGAAAAGGAAGGAGAAAGAGGAGAAACACAGCCCCACUGAGCAGAGUGAGCACUCUGCUGCUGGUCCAUAUCGACCUUCACCCAAACCAUGGGCCUAUGUUCCGGAAACCAACACAUAUUCUGGCUUCAAGUCCGAACUACCGGCGGAUGUGAUGCAAGGGCCGACGGUGUCUGGAUACAAGUCAGAGCUUCCAGUGAAUGAGUCGCCAGCAUCAAUGAGGCAUCUCAGUCCUUAUAACAGUCCCCACCCGAGCACUACCUCGCCGCAAUCCCCAUACGCUACUUAUAACUCCACCGGCGACCAGCUGUCUAGUGUAUCGGAGAGCACGACUGUUCAUCCGAGCAAUUACAACUAUCUGUCGCCACAAAACAGUGGAGAACACAGUCAGCAGGAAUUGCAGGCAGGAAAGAGCCCGCGGGCAAUAAUGGCUAUCUCAGAGUUACAUGGCUAA